AUGUGGGGCAAGUGGCGUGGAGGAACAUGGGGCCGCUCUUCAGACUUCAGCUCUCUGCCCUCAUGUGAGGCCUAUCGAGAAGAGACGGGCAUCGACCUCUCGGAGUGCGCCUUCGUGGGACGCCGCGGAGAGCCGCGGCAGCGCCUCGAGGGCCCGGCCGGGACGCUGGGCCCCCGCAGGCAGGAGUACUUCGAAGAAGAGUCCAUCAAUCAGAUCACCAGGUACGUGCGGGAGAAGGCCAAAGACGAAAAGCCCUUCUUCAUCUACUGGGCGACCUACACGCAGCAACUGCAAGGUUCGACACCGCAGAUGAAGGAUCCACAUGUCGACAAGGCAAAUGCGCAGGCGUCGAUGAUGGCAGCGCACAGCAAGUACGUUACUCGGCUACUGGAGACCUUGCAAGAUGAGGGCAUCGCGGAGAACACCCUGGUAGUUUGGUUCAGCGACAACGGGCCAAUGUAUGCCUUCUUCCCGAACUCAGGCUACUCCUGGCUGCGGGGCGGGAAGGGCACUGUGCUGGAGGGUGGCGUGCGGGUGCCGGCGAUGGCCUGGUGGCCGGGGAUGAUCCAGCCUCGGCAGGAUCCUGUGGACCUGCUCCACCUCACCGAUCUUUAUACCACGGCUGCUCGCCUGGGUGGUGCUUUGUCCCACAUACCCGAGGAUCGCGUCUUGGACGGCGUCGACCAGGCCCCGUUGCUCCUCCUGGGCGAGGGCCAUGGGCGGAGGAGCACGAUAUUCCACUACAGCGGCAGUGAGUUGGGCGCGAUUCGCCACAAAGACUUCAAGGUCCACUUGAAGGAGAGCAAGGGAGGAUUGCCGAACAUGGAGUUCUACAACGUCAGGAGGGACCCAGGUGAGAAGUACGGAGAGUUUUACAAGGGGCUCUUUGCAGUAACGCCGAUUCAGCGGACGGUCCAGGCCCACAAGAGGCAGAUGCAUCGGUUUCCGAAUCGGGGCGAGCUCGGCGCCUUCCGCAAGCUGCCAACAGCUUUCACGAUGAGAACUGCAUCAAGUGCAUCGAAGCGCUGUGAAGCUCUGCCAUCUUCCAGCUUCAAGAACGGAGCCCUGGCAUGCGGCAGCGGCGCCUAUGCCGACGAGCAGAGUGCUUUCGCAGAGCCGAGACGACUCUCCGAGCCCGCCUUGGCUCCGGUUCGAAGCAGCGGCCGGGCAGACAGGCUCAAGCGAGAUCGAAAAAGCGGCACGGCCACAGCGGCAGCCACGGCUUCAGAAGACGUAGAAGUGGACUGCGUUGAAAGGCUGCUGAUUUGGCUCGAGGGCGACGAGGACCUCUUCUACCGCAGCUCCCCACUUGAACGCAGCCUUACCAUCGGGAUCUUUGGGAUCUUGGUUGCCAGCGUGGGAUUCACGGCACUGUCCAACUGUCUCAGCGACCGCUGCGUGUUGGAGCGAGCGCGCAGGCAAAGCUUGGCCUUGGAGGUGGCGAGGCUCCGCGGUGAGCUGAGCGUGCACCCCGUGCACCCUGCCUUGGCCUCUGGCGCUUUCUCUGCAGGAGAAGACCUUCCGCAGAGGCCAGAAGAAGCCGCUUAUGCCCCUGCGUUUCACCUGCGCGGGGCGGUGACGGCGGAGAGCGCGGCCGACGUGGCCACGGCCGACGGACCGCUUCUCCUGCCGUUUUGGCUUCCUAGAGCUGCCGACGCUGUUUCGUCGGUUUCCGCCCAGCGCCCGCACGGCCCACGCGGAGACGCCGAGGAAGUGGCGGAAAGCUUUGCCAUGGUCCGAGCUUUGGCUUUGGCGGCUCUGGCCGCUCUGGCCCGAGCGCAGAACUGGCCCGCGUGUCAGGAGCAGAACACUGUGAUUCGAAACGCGGGGAAGGCGCUCUUCACGAACCUGCAAGGUUAUGGCGCAGUCAUCGGCUGCUUCCUCGACGAUUGCAUGAGCAGCGACAAAUUCGUGGCCAACGAGAUCGAGUCCUGCGCAAAGGUGUGCUUCUCCUUGCCUGAGCCAGCGCCUUUGGUGUGGGGAACCGAGGAGGGUGAGCAAAAGUGCUGGUUCCGAACCGGUGACGACGGACGGGAAGCAGGCGAGGGCUGGAUCUCCGGGUCCAAGAGUUGCUACCCACCUGGCACGACAGUGCUACCCUUGGGCAACUCCGAGUGCUGGGCCGAGGGCUUCGGCUAUGAGAACUGCUGCGAAGCGAAGUUUGGGCCCAACGGCAAUGCCCAGUGCUGGGAUGGCGUCUACAAUUACGACCGCCCGGGCUCCCAAAGAGCACCGUAA